AUGGCCGCGCCGGUGCCGGCACCCGCUCCGGCGUUCACUCCCGGCCCUCCAAUUCAGGAGCGCCGCAACGACGGUCUGUCGUUGUUUUGCUUCGCCUGGACCCCACGUCGUGGCUACGACGAGCAGCUGCUGACAGAAGUGCGGAAACAAUACGCAAAAUGCGAUGGGCAUGUGUUCUACACCGACAAAGAAAGUGGUGGGGACGAGGAUCCCGACUUCGUGCGCGUGGAGCUGCCUGCGCAGAAAGUUUCCCGAAACGACAAGGGCUGGCUCUACCAUAGGAACAUGGUGGGGCUCAUGCCUGCCUGGUCGCACCUUCUCAGCUCCAGCUUCGUUGAUGCCCACGACUGGUUCAUCAACAGCGAGCUGGAUCACUUCCUGAGCCCAGCGAGGGCCCGGAAGAACAUCGCUCAGUACAUGGAGGUGGCGCAGGCGGGGGACGAUGUGCCCAUCGUCCUGAUGUGGGGCAACGCUUUCGUCUUCAAUCGGAGGAUGCUGAAGGAGUUGCUCAAGCACUGGGAUAGCUUAGGCCAAACAGCAUCCAGCAGCUCUACGGUGAAAGACGAAGUCGCUGCUGUGGGCUGCCCGCUGUUCAUGAAGGGCAAAUCAGAGUGGCCGCACUCCUGCUCCCAAGACAUCAUCUACCCUGCGCUGGCCUGGGAUGUGCUGCCGAAGCGUGCGAAGGUCAAAGUUACCACACUGGGGGAUCCCGGUUGCGGGCACCCGGCAAAGUACAAGGGCAAGGAUCUCACCCUGGGAUGCUGGGAAAUGCAGCAGAACCCCUGGGGUGGAGAGUCGAAGGAAGGCGAGCUGAGUGCUAUCAGAGUCUUGGCGGAGAUGGAGAACAUGGAUGAGGCGACGGUGACGAAUUACUGUGCCAAUCAUCGCAACGAGGCUGUGGUGAAGAACUGCAGGAAGUUCUACGAUGGAAGGCAUGUCGCAGUGAUACACCACGUCAACAACGUGGCAAUCCACGAGCUGGCGCGGAAACUGCUGGACCACGAGGGCAGCGAGCCCGGAACUCCGGCAGCAGCCAUGCCGUCGGCACCAGCAACUUCGACAGCGGCCUCACCGCCGGCGGCAUCAGUGCCAAUGCCAACGCCGGCGCCGGUACCUGCCAUAGACGUGGUCCCCCCUGCGGUCAUCGAUCACAGUGCCGAUGCGGGCAUGACCCUCUUCUGCUUCGCCUGGUCACCACGCCGGAAGAACGACGAGGGCAUGCUUAACGAGGUUCGGAGACAGUACAAGAAGUGUGACGGUCACCUCUUCUUCACGGACACCGAGAGUCCAGUGAAAGAGGACGAAGAAGAUUUUGUCCGAGUCCAGGUGCCAAAGCAGCGCGUGGAACGGACACACGGGCAAUGGCUCUACCACCGGAACAUGGCCGGGUUGAUGCCGUCCUGGGAUCAUUUACUCCGCUCCGGAAUCGCCGAGAGCUUCGAUUGGCUGCUCAACUCUGAGUUAGAUCACUUCCUCUCCCCUUCGAGGGCGAAGGAGACGAUUCGAGAGUACCUUCAAGGUCUCGAGGACGGGUCCAAAGAAGACAAGUCCGGGCUGUCGGGCCCAAUCAUGCUCAUGUGGGGCAACGCUUUUGUUUUCAACCGCAAGUUUGUGCAGGCGCUCCGGACCAACUGGCCUCAGCUUGGCCGCGUUGCUUCCUCCAGCGAGGGGGACAGUAAACAAGGCCGUGCGGUCGGUUGUCCGCUGUUCAUGAAGAACCGCUUUGAAUGGCCUGACUCCUGCUCACAGGACAUCAUCUACCCAGCCUUGGCGAUGAACAUCUUGCCUUUCCUGCAACAGAAGGUGGCCUUUCCUGGGGCCUCGGGCUGUGGCCAGCCCUCGCGGAAUCGCCGGGGCAAGGCCUACCCACUGGGCUGCUGGGAGAUGCAGCAGAAUCCACUGAGCGGGGAGUCGGAGAAAGGUGAGCUGGGCGCUAUUGAGGUCUUGGCGAAGAUGCGCAGCUUCAAGGACAAAUGGGAAGCGAGAGCAUACUGCAAAGCAUCACCAGUCGAAGCCGUGCAGAAGAACUGCAUGAAAUUCUGGGAUGGCAGAAACGCGCCCAUCAUCCACCACUUGCACACCGUGUCGGAGCACGUGUUGGCCCGCACGCUCCUGGAUAAUGAUCCUGACCCAGCAUGA